AUGGCCGAUGUGGCCGCACCUUCACCAUGGCAUGUUCCGGGAAACGGAGUUUCCAAUGAGCCGUCCAGUUCAAACUGGGAUGCGGUUCCUCCUGAAGUUGCACAACUAGCCACCAAGUACGUAUAUUCUAUCGGAGAUGAGAGGAGCGUUCAGAAAGAGGUUAUCGAGCUGAAAAAAAUUAUUAGAUCCAAACUUAGUAAGCAAAUGCGGAUAAAAGCGGGAUAUGUUCAGAUGCAGAAAGCUACAAGUGCCAAGAAACAGGGCGAAUGUUUGAAGCGGGAAGUUCGUGAUUUGAGUGACUUGAUCAGCGAUAUGCAAGAUGAUCUUCAAAUUCUGGACAUGUACGACACAGGAGCUUUUGAUGACGAUGAUGGGGUAGAGGCCGAUUCAGUUUCUGGUGGCUCACCUACAAUUACACCGAGUGGGCCUCAAGAUGUUGCUGCUUCGACGGUUUCUCAAAAUCCCAGAUUGACAAGCUUGCAUAAAGACUUGCAUAAAGAGCUGAAAGUUAAAGAAGGAUUAGAGAAAUUCAUGUCAACUGACACAACAGCGAGUAGGAUACAUGGAGAUGAUACUAGAAAUAUGCUUGAGGAUAGUAAAGCAAAAAUUGCUUUUCUGCGGAUGCAAAUUGAGAAACUAAAUCGUCUAGAACAAGAACUUGAGAGUGGAGAGAGUCGAAGCUCACAAGAUUUGGCGAUUGAUGACAUUCUGUUUCGUUGGAGAAAAGAGCUAGUUAUGGUGGAUGGAACUAAGAACAUGCUGAAAACUUUGAAAGGGCAAAAGAAGACUGAUCCCAAGACUCUACACGAUGCCUAUCAAUCUCUGAUUCUAUCCGAAGAAAAACUCGAUUUGAUUAAGAUGGCUUUCAAGAAGUAUAUAGACUUAUUACCUCCUGACGCAGAAAAACGAAGAGAGCUGAUUGAUGAGCUGGAAGAGCUGCCAGGGUCUCCACAUCACAGAAUAUCGGAACGUUUUAGUCCACCGGGCUCAGUACCCAGCAGCCCACUAAACGAAAGUCCUUCUCGAACAUCUAGUCUUCCUAGAAAUUUGUAUGGCCGUCGAUUGAGUAUCGUUCCAACAUCAAUAGCUGUCAGCGGACGUUUAGAGAUAAGAAUAAUGGGUUGUCAAAAUUUGAUAUCUGAAGUUGUGCAGCGUACUGCUCGAGCUGAAGCCUUGGGAGUAACAGUAUCUAGCGGCUUGAGCUCAGACUACAGUGGGAGAAGCAAGGGACGUCAAGGAACCGGACGAGGAGUUAGAUCAAAUCAAUUUACUCGAGUCAGCGCAUGGUGCACAUCUAACUCGUCGGAUAGUCCAGGCGCUGGUGGUCUACCACCACCGUAUAGAUAUGCUGAACAUGCGCUUUCACGUCGAGAACUACAACAUCAUCGCACAACUUCACUUCCUCCUAAUGCAAACUUGUCCGGGAAACCAUCAAAUGGUGAUGAAGUUAUGGCAAUCCUUCGCGUUGACGGAAAAAUCGUUGGUCAGACAGAUGCUCGUCCUAUUUCGAAAGAAGCUUGGAAUCAAAGAUUCGAUGUAGAGCUGGAUAGGUCCAAAGAGCUUGAAAUAGAAAUAUUCUAUAAGGACGCUAGAUCCAUGUGUGCUUUCGCUGUCGUCAAACUUGGAAACUUUAUUGAGCAAACGGGAAAUGCUGGAAUAGUAAUGAGUUUGGAACCGCGAGGAGACUUGUUUGCAGAGUUCAAAUAUCUCAAUCCAGUAGUUAGCCGUAAACCUAAACUGGAACGACAGAAAAGACUCUUCAAAGUUAAAGAAAGAAAUAUUGCGGGAGCCAAGAAGCAAUUAGGAGUUCAUGCCUUGUCACGGAUGCUUAGAGGAAGAGACAAUGAACCUAUUGUUAAUUAUGGCACCCCUAAUAACAACGCUCUUGGCUCUCGGAUCACCAAGGCCAGCUAUAGAAUGGGAGCUGAAAAAUCAAACAACUUUGGAAACGAGUCGCCAAAGAGCGCGAUGAGCUAUUCAGCUUUCGGACAGAUUCCUACCACAAAACCACCACCGUUCAAGCAACAACAAAGCGUAACAACAUUCAAUCUUGAUGAGAUAAAAACCGCAAUUCCGACCGAGCGCCGGCAGUCUACGCCUGCCCCGAAUAUGUCUCAUCAGUCUCGUUCCCAAGAUACAGAAGCGUUUAAUCCGAAAGUUCCAACUAGAGUUCUAUCUAUUGGUUUCGCUAAUUCUAAAUCAGGAAAAUCAAUGAAUGUUGGUAUCGAUAAGUUCCGAUUGAUCAGCGUGCUUGGUCGUGGUCAUUUUGGAAAAGUUAUACUCGCUCAGUAUAAGCCAACAAAUGGGUACUAUGCUCUUAAAAUCUUGAAAAAAGGAGAUAUCUUAGGAAGAGAUGAAGUAGAGUCUUUAAUGGUGGAAAAACGAAUUUUCGAGGUUGCUUCUCGGGCAAAACAUCCGUUCCUUGUCAAUCUUUUUGCUUGUUUCCAAACAACAGAGCAUGUGUUUUUUGUAAUGGAAUAUAGUAUGGGAGGAGAUUUGAUGCGACAUAUCCACGACGACAUCUUCUCUGAGGAACGUAGUUGCUUCUAUGCUGCAUGUGUCCUUCUUGGACUAGAGUUCCUUCAUAAAAAUAAUAUCAUCUACAGAGAUUUAAAACUUGAUAACCUGCUUCUCGACAGCGAGGGUUACGUUAAACUGGCUGACUUUGGGCUGUGCAAGGAAGGAAUGGGUGCAUCGGACCGUACAAGCACAUUUUGUGGAACACCAGAAUUUUUAGCGCCUGAAGUUCUUACUGAGUCUUCCUACACAAGAGCUAUCGACUGGUGGGGAUUAGGAGUUUUAAUCUUCGAAAUGCUCGUUGGGGAACCUCCAUUCAGCGGAGAAGAUGAAGAAGAAAUUUUCGACAGUAUUGUUAAUGAUGAUGUUCGGUAUCCUCGGUUUUUAUCAAUCGAAAGCAUAUCUAUAAUGAGAAGGUUAAUGCGUAAGAAUCCUGAGAAAAGAUUAGGUGCCGGUGAUAAAGACGCAGAAGAAGUGAAAAAUCAACGUUUCUUCAAACAUAUCAAUUGGGAAUGGGAUCGCCUGCUUUCGAAAGAAAUCAAGCCGAAGUUUGUGCCUACGAUAAAAAACCCUGAAGACGUUUCCAAUUUUGACGACGAGUUUACUUCAGAGAAACCUCGAUACUCUUCAGCUAAGGACAAACAUGUCAUAACCCAAGCUGAUCAACAACUAUUUCAUAACUUCGACUUUUCAUCCAUUGUUUCAGGUUAA